AUGCAAAGCUCUAAGAAAACUGUCACCGAGGUAUCCCGGCCUCACUCACAAUGGAAAGAGAAGCGGACAGGCUCGCGUGGAGGUGCUAAGGAGGAGCGUCAUGUGCGCACCAACUGGUAUCAUCCGUUCUUGUGGUUGCAUAUUGAUAAGGCGGCCCGGAAGGUCGGGUGGGGUGCAGAGGCCAUCGCAAAAGAGUUGCACCGCACGAUGCCAGAGCUCUAUGGCCGUCUCCGGAGACAGACAGUCCACCGAUGGUUUGCUCCUGGUGGAUUUGAUUGGUCGGAGACGACCAAGAAGAAUGUCGAGCGAUACCACGCCCUGACAGGCUCUGGCCGCGUUGGAAUCCUGUCGAAUCAUCCUGAUAUUGUUGACGAGAUGAAGACAGCCUUGAAAGAGCUGCGUACGGCUGGUGUGGCUGUGAACGUGGUAAUUGGAUGUUCAAUUCUGCUUGCAAUUAUAAAGGAGCGGAAGCCAGAGCUCCUCGAGAAGUUCAAGUGCUCGGAGGUACGUCAGGUUGUUUGCCCGCCCAUAUGCUCGAGCCAGUGUGUCAGCUAA